GUACCGGAAUCCUUCCAACUUGAAAGCAGUUCAGCUCGUCACAUAUACAAUUUAGAAUGCAAAUAUGGAAGCUUAUUACGGGUUGUGUGGCCAUGGGCCAGCUGUCCGUCGUUUGGUGCUUAACGAGUGGAGUCACAGAAACUGUCAAAGAGCCCGCGUCAUGCCCAUGCUCGAGCCCAGCUCUGUGCUCAUUUGUGCGCACUCGGCGGGAGCGCGAGUUCAUGGGUUUCUUCUAUCCUGAGGACAUGCCUGUAGACCUUCUGGACUGGUCUCAAAUAUCCAGUCUGGCCUGGGUGCCGGCACAGCGGCCCGAGGUCAUGUGCGCGGCACACGCGGCCGGCGUCCGCGCUAUCAUGAACGCGGGGGACGUGAGUGCGGCCAUCGCUGACGACAAAGCGCGCGAGCUGUGGGUGGAUGCCCAGGUGGAACUGAUGCGGCGGCAUUGGUACGACGGAAUCAACUUCGAUUACGAACUCCCUGCCAAGAUGGGCUCCCAACUGAGUACCAAUUACACGCGGCUGGUGGAGGCGACGUCGCGAGCCUUCAAGCGGGUGAACCCGCACGCGGAGAUUAGCGUGGACGUGCCAUGGGCCGCCUUUGGAAAUGACGGGCGUGACUACGAUUGGAAGGGCCUUGCCAAGGUUUCGGAUCGAUUGUUUGUCAUGUCAUACGACCAACAGGCUCAGGUGUUUGGCCGCUGCGUGGCCGCGGCAAAUAGCCCACUACCACAGGUGGCCAAAGGUGUGCAGCAGUAUCUGGACCUGGGCAUCCCACCCAGCAAGCUUAUAUUGGGGGUUGCCUGGUACGGAUACGACUACCCCUGCCAGCCCGACGGCCGCGGUGUGAAGCCCGGCCCGGACACGGAUCUAUGUGUGCUACAGCCGGUGGAGUACCGGGGCGCGCCCUGCAGUGACGCGGCGGGGGUGCAGCGGAACUUCUGGGAGUUCAUGGCCGAGCUGCGCGCCGGCCGCAACAGCACGGCUCUGACCUGGGACCCUCUGGCCUCCAGCCCGCGCUUCAACUAUGUCGACAAGACCAAGGGACAAGUGCACCAGGUGUGGUUUGAGACGCCCACGUCGUUGGCGCUGCGCUAUCGGCUGGCCCGGGACCUGGGCCUGAAAGGCGUGGGUACCUGGAACCUGGGGGCGGUGGAGCACAGCGGCACUGCGGGGCUGGAGGCUCGCGCGGACACGGCGGCCAUGUGGGAGGCUGUGAGGGUAUUCACAGGCGUGAGGAUGGACACGACGACGAUGAAGGGGAUGCGGUUGACUGGGGGGUGACUGGGGGGUGACACUGCCUUUUGGUGAGGGGUCAAAAUGUGUGGCCGGCCAGUGUGUGGCGGCCCGCCGGUGCAUGCCGGUGUAUGGACGCGGACCAGGUAGGUUAUGACAAGAUUGACGACGAGACGAGACGAGCGACAAAGGGCAGCCUGCAAUUGUUGGAAGAAUGGGUUGCAGCGGCCGUAUGUGUAAGAAUGAGCUGGAGUGCAAAUGGUGUGGACACCGUUUCGUACUUUCGUGGACGUACUUGGUGACGCGGUGUCAGGCGAAGUGGACGGAGUGACCUAAUGGAUUCCCUAAUCUCGGACAAGCCACGGCGCCGGAUGAAGUUGUUGUGGUGCGCAGCAGCGGGCUACGCAUCGGUAGAAUUUGCCAUUGCAACAAGCACGGAGGGUCAGGAGGGUCCAAGCACCUCCCAUUGACACGGACGUUAUGCCUGACUUAACAAGCUUGCCUAACAUGCAUUCAAAACACCCAUCCAAGAUUGAAAGUGGUCAGAUUAGAUCUUCCUGGUCCUUACUUUUGGUACCCAGCGCUGACGAGAACUGACGAGAACCCUCGGC